UCUCUCGUUCAGUUGCAGUCAUGAUCUCCAAGCGAGUGGGGUGCUGUUCCCUUCUCUCCCUUCUCCCUCUCCUUGCUUCUCUUCCUAACCUUCUUCUAUUACUCCUCCGUGUCCUUAUCCUCCCGUGUCCAUCCUCCAGCCUUUCUCUGGACACCACCACCACUACUACCACUACUAAUACAGAACCUACGACCUUUGAUACAAAAAUCCCCACCACCACGUCACUGCAGGAGGACGACUGGCUUCACGUCCUCACAGACCAGGACAGCUACGACUACGGUGAGGAUGACUACUGGCUCCUGAACCAAACAAACUGCUUCCCGUCUGAUACCUCGCACGAUCAGAGCCCGAAGAAAGACACUGUUGACUUCCACGACGUGAGGAAGCAGAUUGUUGAACACGUGUUCGGAGAGAAGGAGCUGUCAGACCCGGAGCAUUUGAGACUAAGGGCCCUCGCUGCUUGGAGAUACCAGGGCAGACAAUGGGUUGUGGUGAACGGUGGGCCUCUGUUCCUCACUCCUCGCCUGGGUGCCUUUGACGGUAUGCUCCAGGAAAGCGAGGAGAGUGUCGAUGCAGUGGUAGAGGAAAAUAUCGAUGGAAACAGAACGAUGAGUGAAGCGAACGUAGAACAAGAGAAUGGAAAUGAGACGGAGGAAGAUGAAGGGAGAAUAGAGGUAAAUGGAGAGGACAGUAAAGAUGCGGUAGAAGAAAUAAGUGAUGGAAAAAGAAACGAAGAACAGAAAGAAGAAGCAGAAGAAAGAGAAACUGGCAGAGAAGAUGAUGAUAACUCCACACUGGUCAGUAUAGGUGAAAAUGACAUAUCUAUCGAAGAAAACGUAGCUUAUAACAACACUGAAGGGGGAGAAGGAAGCACAAACGAACACAAUGAAAGAACAAACAGCAGCAAGAGGGAAAAAAUCGAGGAAGUGUCAGACGAAAGAGAAACACAGGAACUCGAAAUUCAAGAUAGAAGAAGAGAUGCGUUAGUGGACGAACAGACAACAGGGAUAAGUGAGGUGACAGUAGAGGAGGGAACCCGCCUUCGCCUAGUGUGCAAUGUGUCAGGGGUCAAGCACAUAUGGGUUGAGUGGCGGCGGGCAGCGAACCUCACAUUCCCCGGCGGGUCAGCGGUGGUGGGCGGCAGGUCAGUGUUGUUUGACUUCGUAGGGCGGGAGGACGCUGGCACUUACAUCUGCACUGCCAGGAAUCCCCACGGUGCCACCUACUCCACCUCCGUCACCAUACAUGUCCAGUACAUCCCCGUGGUGGGCGUGUGGGGCCGCACCGUGGGACAAGAAGGCGUGGAGAUAGGAUGCCUGGGGGAGGGACAGCCGCGCCCUACCUUAGCGUGGUACAAGAACAACACCAAGCUUCCUGCAGUGUGUGACGGGAACAUAGAGGUGAAGUCCACGCCUCUGUCACCUGGCUUCGUGCUCUCCGUCAUCAAAAUAACCAACACGACAGUGAGUGACUUCGCGCUGUACCACUGCCGCGCCGCCAACAGUCUGGGUGUGUCUCGCUCCUUCCUGAUGCUGCACGACGGCUCCGGCGCAAUGAGUCCCGAAUACUUGGAGGAACCAGAGCACCCGAUCAUCUAUAGCACACCAGUUGAGAAUCCGCGCCUGGCUUCCUUUCUGUUGGGGAUGGUGCCUCCUCUCUACAUCGCCCUUUACAUCAUUGCCUACCUGGGAUGCUACAAGAGUCCCAGCACAGGAGGCCACGGCAGGUUCGGCGGCAACGUUGAUAUGGACGCGGAGUAAAUAGAAGAAUAGUGUAAAUGAUUCUGUCAAUAUUCUUUCGUCUACGUAUUGCUUCUGAUGUCACACCUUCAAGUUAAUGUUUUCAUAAAUUGCCGUUAUUUCGUAUCACAUCGUUCAAACCACAUGUUUUUGUUAAACUAUAUUAGUUUAUAGUGGUGGUUGUUUUAUAAUAAUUGAUCUGAUUACAUACAAAAUAUUUCAGUAAACAAUAUGCAUUUUUUUUUCAAGCAAACGUUUGACGUACUAUACUGGGAUAGUACUCUUUUCCUCUAUAAACACACCAAUCUAUAUUGAAAUAUAAGGAAAGUCAUGAAAA